UUUUGGACGGUUGAAACCGGGAAAUAAAUAAAAUAUUAGAAAUAAACUAUUUGGAAUAAUUAAAGUCAAACCCCCAGAGAGCCUUUCCAUACCCUGGAGUUACAAGACACCAGGAAAUAGAGGCACUCUUACCAAUAAAUAGAAAUCAAAACAUUGCCGCUUGGUGGGAGGAAAAAACGCACGUGUAGCAAACUAGUGAGUGUGCGUGUGACAGAGUCAGAGAGAGAGAGAGCGUGCGAGAUGGAUGCGGAAAACGGCGAGGGUCAGGUGCAAGUGCAUCUAAAAACCAAACAAGAACACUAUGCCGUGCCUGAUGUGCCUUACGCCAUAGAUGGCACGAUGACCACUGUGGAGCUGAAUACGUUUCUAAAUGCCUUGUUGCGGAAUAAAUCCGGAGAUGAGUCGGCUAUUGAUUUCGAUUUCCUUGUCUUUGAUGAAUACCUCCGUGGUCGUUUGUGUGAUCAUCUUAAAGAGAAGGCCAUCAGCUUUGAAGAUGCAAUAGAGAUUGAGUAUGUGGAGCGAUUUCCGGCUCCACAACCACAAGAUUGCCUGUUGCACGAUGAUUGGGUGUCCGCAGUGAAGGUUUCUGGCAAAUGGAUCCUAACUGGCUGCUAUGAUAAUACCUUAAACAUUUGGACUCACAAAGGAAAGCAUAUAUUGACCAUACCUGGACACACGGCUCCUAUUAAAGCAGUCGAUUGGAUUUCUUUGGAUAAUGACAUCGGUCGAUUUGUAUCCAGUUCCCAGGAUCAAACAGUAAUGCUGUGGCAGUGGAAUGUGGACUCUAAUGCUGUUGAGUGUGUGUCAAUUUGUAAGGGACACGAGAGAGGAGUCGAUAGCAUAAGUGUUAGUCCCGAUGCAACGCGAUUUGCCACAGGUUCCUGGGAUACCAUGUUAAAGGUUUGGUCUGCCGCCGAAGAUGAUGCUGGAGGUGAUGCUGCUUCUUCCAAAAGGCCAAAAGAAAAUGGCGUUAGGACUCCUAUCAUGACUUUGCAAGGACAUCGUGAAAGUAUUUCAGCUGUUCAAUGGAUUGACACGAGUACUCUGCUCACUACCAGUUGGGAUCACACUAUGAAAAUCUGGGAUCUUAGCCUUGAGGGCAUUAAAACGGAGAUUUCCACUAACAAAUCCAUUUUUGAUGCAAGUUAUUCAAACUUAAAUCGUUUAAUUGUCACAGCUUCAGCGGAUAAGAAUCUUCGGCUCUAUGAUCCAAGAACCAACCAGGGUUCCAUCGUCCGUAACACCUACCUGGGGCAUAACGCCUGGGUUCAGACUGUUAUGUGGUCCACUACAGAGGAAUUUCUAUUCGUUUCUGGGGCAUAUGAUAACCAAAAUAAGCUCUGGGAUUGUCGUAGUCCGAAGGCUCCACUGUACGAUCUUUUGGGUCACGGUGAAAAGGUAUUGGACAUUGAUUGGUCCAAUCCUAAAUACAUUUGUUCAGGCGGUGCCGAUAAUACGGUGAGAGUUUUCAAGUCUCGCAAAGCCGGCGUAGAAACAAUGGAUGAUAAGUAAAUUACUAAACAUAGUUGUAGAUUUAAGGCCUGAUUUUUCUUUAAUAAAUGAUGUCUUUAGGGACUUGGAUCCCUAUAACUGGUGUAAAUCUAA